AUGAAUGUAUUUCAAAUCAUUAAUCAAAUCUCAAUCAAUAUAAAUAUCAAUAUUACAAAUAAUAAUUGGAUCAACUUUACUACUACUACUACAGGUGCAACAUGUGGUUGGAAAUUAACUUUAAAUAACUUUAAGGAUUUAAAUGGUAUUUGUUAUUGUCCAAAAAAUGAAUCAAUUUAUACAUAUAAACAUUUAUCUAACCAUCAUCAUUCCUUAUCUAGUCAUUAUCCAGUAAAUGGAUUUGGAACUAAUCAUGUUGUUGGAACUACUCCACUCGAUUCACUUGGUGUAAAGACAGCUAUGGAUGCACCAAAAUUAGAUACUGUCAACGACCAAAUUCGUGGUGAUGGUGGCAAGACUCUUGUAGAUAUCAACAGUCAACAUAUUGCUAAACCACUCUCUGCCCCAAAGUCUGAUGUUGUCAAUGACCAAAUUCGUGGUGAUGGUGGCAAGACUCUUGUAGAUAUCAACAGUCAACAUAUCGCCAAACCACUCUCUGCCCCAAAGUCUGAUGUUGUUAAUGACCAAAUCAAAUAUGGCAAAUAA